CCCUAAUUCGAACACGAGUUUGCGAGUUUAGCUGGUGUAUUAGUUAAAUUUCAUUAUCUGUUGAAAUAUUCAUAAUAAUGUGCAGCAUUGGCGAGGAUGAUUUUGGCGAUGAAGGUGCCACGCAUGCAAUGCUACCCGGUUCAUCCGCUACGGGCACUGUUAUCAGCGCUGGCAGCUGCAACAAGUGUGGUCUCAUCUCAAACGCGCUCUACAAAUUGAACUUUCGUGCCGCUGAAUGUCAUGAAUGUUUUCUCAGUUAUACAAGGCAUAAAUUUCGUGCCUCCUUGGGUGCGGCCAAGGCGUUGCCCCGUAAUGCCGAAGUUCUGCUUCUUGUCGAUGGCAGUGCCGAGUCUCUGGUGUUGCUGGACAUGCUCCACUUUGCACAGACGCAGAAUACCUUCAAGCGGUUGCACUGCAAUGCUCGUGUGCUUUACAUAGACGCUCGCUUGGAUCUCAUCAACGAUGAUCCGCUGCCAUCGUUGCUCGAACUACAAGGACGAUACCCGCCAUUUCAAUUUUAUGUUGUACAAUUAGGCGCAGAUCCAGGCAGCAUGCAACCUCUUGAGGAUUACAGUGUCUCCAAGGCAAUCAGGUAUGGAAAGAAGCUGCGCAGUUUGACAGCUCAUCAAGAUUACUGGCAGCAGCAGCGUAAGGGACUUAUUGGCGCCGUGGCAGCACAAUUGCAAUGUUCACAUGUCUUUGAGCCAAGCGUAAGCACAACUCUUGCCACCCAGCUCUUGACAUCCGUGGCGUUGGGACGUGGUGGCAGCGUUGCUUUGGAUGUUGCGCUACUCGACGAUCGCCUGCAGGAUGGUAUCAAACUACUGCGUCCCCUAAAGGAUCUCAACGAACAAGAAGUAACAUUCUAUGUGCACGCUCAGAAGCUGCAUCCAUUUAAGAUGCAGGUGGACGAGAAUGCGCCAUCCUCUGAUGCCAGCCUCCAAAAUCUGACCAGGGCUUUUGUGACGAAUCUGCAACUUAAUUACGCUUCUACAGUGUCUACAGUUUUUCGCACGGGUGACAAAAUUGCCCUUAAUCGACAACAGACCGAGGAGACGCCCUUGACAUGUGCUUUAUGUCAGUCUAUUUUGGAUUGUGGAGUCUCCGACACGCUACUCGCAAUCGAAUACUCGCGCGCCGUCUCCGAAAUGGGCGUGGCACUGCAUCACAAUGAUAGUGUUGAGGCGUUGGAGCAACGCGCCAAACAACGAUUGUCGGCGACAACCGACUUGUGUCACGCCUGUCGUAAUAUACAAGAUGAGCUAACUAGCGAUACCUCACUGUAGUCUUAUUUUGAAUAAUGGGAAUUAUCUAUAUUCUAUACAGGUGUGUUCCACAUCUGCCUAGAUUUUGAUGACAAUUGGUUUUUAAAAAAACCGAUUGAAGAAAUGGUAUUCCUGAAACGACAGGGGUUCCAAUUUUUGGAAAAUAUUUUCGUAAUCACGAAAAUCGGCUGUUAUAAAUUAAUUUAAAUAUUAACAAUAUGAAAUUUGGUGUAUUUUUUGCAAUAAAUAAAUUCAUUAAACAUGU